AUGGCAUCAUCCACUCCCAUCGUCCACGAGACUCCAGUGUUGGUGGUUGGUUCUGGUCCUGUCGGUCUCAUCACGUCGUUGCAGCUCGCCCGGUAUGGCCAGAAAUGCAUGCUUGUCGAGCGCAACUAUGAGACUACGAAAUGGCCCAAGAUGGACAUCACAAAUUGCCGCUCUAUGGAACUGUUGCGGACCUUGGGCCUUGCCGACGCUUUGAGGAGGAUAGGUGUCGACGAAAAAUACUCGUUCAACGUCUUGUUCAGCAGCGGUUUGAGCGAAGGGGGAAAGAGACUCGCCCGCUGGGAUUUACCAUCUCCGGCCGAAUGGAAGAAACGCAUCCAAGAGCAAAACGAUGGUUCUAUGCCACGAGAGCCAUACCAGCGAUGCUCACAAUCGGUUUUCGAGCGCUGGCUCAAGCCCCUUUGCGAGGAAAAUCCACUCAUCGAGUCAUAUUUUGGCUGGAAGUUUGAAAGUCUAGAGGAGACGCCCGAAAAGGUGAUUAGUCAAAUCACCGAGCUAUCCACUGGGCAGACACAUACCGUGCACGCCAAGUUCGUGGUGGCUUGUGAUGGCGCAGGAAGCCGCGUUAGAAGAUCUAUCGGCUUAGGCUUGAUUGGAGGUCCGACUCCAAGUGCUGUCUUUCUCGUGCAUUUCAAGUCGAGAGACUUGGCGCGCUUGCAAGCUCAAGGCCAAUUUUGGCACAUCUUCUUCACCACUGGAGCUGCCAUCAUCAGUCAAGAUGAAAUUGACACUUGGACCUGCCAUUACCCUGUAUCCUUGGACCAAGAUACAACUAAACUCGACCCCACCGAGGUCAUUUACGCAGUUUUAGGUGGCAGUGCCGGGAGAUACCCGAUCGAAGUCGAUAAGAUUCUCGUCACAAGUGUAUUCCGGCCGAACUUGGUCGUCGCAAAUGAGUAUAUAAGUCCUCAUCAGCGCGUCUUCCUUGCAGGGGAUUCUGCUCACCAGAAUAUUCCUACCGGCGGAUAUGGUAUGAACAUGGGUGUUGGAGAUGCGUAUGAUAUUGGAUGGAAAUUAGGAGCGUACCUGAGAGGUUAUGCUGGCGAAACUCUUCUUCAAUCUUAUGGAACUGAACGCCGUCCUGUCGCUCUUCGAAACGUGGAGAGAUCUGGCGUGCACAUGUCGCUCCAUUUCAAAUAUGCACAAAUGGUAAAACAGAAGGGCAGUAAAGUACUGCUAGCACAAGAUGCGGAGGGAGAGAAGCUCCGAGAAGAGAUCGAGCAAAUGAUUCUAGCACAGGAUGGAGAGAACAAGGACCAUGGCAUCGAGAUAGGAUAUCGACUCAACGAUUCGCCUGUUAUCAAUCACGACGAAUAUGGUAUCGAGCCUAUUUGGACUCCCCGCGAGUACGUCCCUUCGACAUGGCCGGGCAGCCGCGCUCCACACGUUUUUCUCAAGGAUUCUGUCACAAGUAUCACGGAUCUAUACGGUCUUCAUUAUACCCUUGUUGACUUCACCACUGGUGGCGAGACAGCCAAAAGCUUCUCUGAUGUCGCAAAAGAGCUAGGGAUUCCACUCAGAGCUGUCCGUCUUCCAGACGAACCUCAGGUCCGGAGGAUCUGGGAACGAGAUGUUGUACUUGUCCGCCCGGACGGCCACGUUGCGUGGCGGUCCUCGUCCCAAGACGCCAAUACAGCGACAAAAGAAAGCAUCAAAUAUAUCUUGCUUGUUGCCGUGGGUAAAGAAACGGGCUCUACAAAUACCACGGUGUCUAAGGCUUCAACAUCAAGUGGAAGUGCGAGAUUCACUACCAGUGUCGAGAACGUUCUUCAGGAUACAACGCAGAUGGCUCAGAUUGGUGAAUUCCAGCGUUAG